AAAAGGGUUCACUGAAAAUGGCGGCCUCUUCGUCAGGGGACCUUAGUGAAGACCAUCUUCCGAAAUACGGAUGGAGGGUUCAUCUCGAUAAUGUAUUUUCACAUAAGCCUCAACCAUGUUACAUCCCUCGGUGGAGUCAAAUACCAAGGCUAAUAGGUCUAGGAUGGAGGUAUUACGUUUACGCAAAAAUUUAUUUUUGUUUUCCGGGAAUCGGUCACUUAAAAAACCGGCAUAAUUUUUUUUGUGUGUGUUGAUGUCAUUGUCCGCUCGUUUGAUAUCAGGUUCAUGAAGUACGCUACAAGAGAAAGAAAAAACGGCAGAGUUCCUUUUAUAGACCCACUCGCCACAAAUCCUUGUCGUCAAGUUUACGGUGAGUGUUAAUAUCAGCAGUAGAUUUCUCGUUUUAGCUUUAGAAGAAUUUUCGAGACCUUAAAUGAUUGAUUGUGAUACUACUUCUUGGAAAGCAAGCUUUCAAGCGUUUGGAUCAUCCACUUAUGUCUGUUACAAUAGACGUUCAUUGUCCCACUGUGGAAGAUCUCGUGGCCCAAACCGUGUCGUAAUUGUUAAAUGUAUCGUUUCGGUACUGAAAUGUGACAUCUCCACGUACGCGUGAUACAACACUUUUCAGAAAAAUAUACAAUCAGAUAUUGAACUUAAACUUACGAACUUGUUUCUUUGUUGAAAUUCUCGAAAUAAAAAAUACGCAGUUUCCAUUCGAUUUCUUAUUUAUAAGAUUAUACCUAAUUUAAUUAUUAGCGAAAUAAUUCACGUUAAAAAUGAAAGCGAUUGCCGUAAGGCGAAUCAAGAACACGAAUGUUCCGUCUAUUUUUCCUCGACUCGUUUUAACGUCGAAAAAGACAGUGUUCUCUUUCAAUGCGUAGAUGUGAGAAUACGUUUUGACUUAUAUCUCCUGUAGUGGUCAAUAAUAAGACAGGUAUUCUGACUCAGUGAGAUAAGUGAGAUAGUUACUGGCAGGUGGUUAUAAUUUCUAGUAUUCUUCCCAUGUUAUUCUCUGUUGUGACCUUAAAGAAAAGACUACAGUUUUGAAAAAUUGGUGAUGGCAUAUUUAUCCUGGAUGUUUUGUGAUCAUUUAUAUACCAUACAGCUUUUCUAAUUCAGUGUCAUGCAUAGUAGGCUUGAUUAGAAAAACUGCUAAUUGUUUUGAAGACUAAAUAAAAUACUUGGCUCAAGUGAGUUUGCAUCUAUUUUAAGGGAAGAUGAAUUUUGGUCAUUCUCUAGCUUUUGUGAUACUUACACUACAGCCUGGAGCAAAUUGCAUGAGAGCAACCACUGAUAUUCACAUGCUUUUGAUCAAUUUUCAGAAAAGCAUCAAGCUGUUUUCUCUUGUAACAGAUUUUCUUUCACAUGAAAAUUAUAAUGUAGCAGUUCCAGAAAAAAUUUAAUGAUAUUUUUUUCACCAUAUGGUGCUUUUGAACUAUGCAUGUCACAUGUUUACGAGUUUAAACAUCAGCUGUUCCCUGUUUUACAUAGACUAGUCUCAGCAACACAAACACCCAGGAAUAUGAAAUGAGGUAGUUCCACAUUAAAUAAAUGAGUGAAUGAUGAUUUGACACUUUGGGGAGUUUUAAUCCUGUUAUUAUAAUUCAAGUAGCUCUUUAAAGAGAAGAGGUCUUUAUCUGUUUUAAAAUUGUUACCACUACAAGAUAAUCAAAUUCCCAAAUGUAAAAUUAACUCACAUCCUCACAAUGAAAUUAUGCUAUCAAGCAGACAGGUGACAAUUAUUAAAGUAACCAUGAACAAAAUUUUUGAGUAGAAUACACAAGCCAUUCUGACAAAACAGAUUUAGACUUUUAAAUUUGAUAAAUAGAUAUUUUGAAUGUGAUAGACAAAGCUUAUUCUUUCAUAGACAUAGUUUAUCAAACCUGAAAGAUGCUAAUCUCAUAUCAUGCACUGGCAUCAACCAAUAUGGAAAAACUACAAAUUACCAUGUCUCUGUCAACAACUGGGCUCAGUGUUAUUUUGGAGAAAUAAAUGUAGUGUCAUGGAAUUUGGUGUCAUGGUUACUUCUCUUACAAACUUUUCCAGUAUCUCUGAUAUAAUUAUUAUAAGUAGAUACACAAAAAUUUAAUUAGCCCAGUUUUAAAUUGUUAGACAAAAAAUGUGAAAAUCGUCCAUUUAAAUAUUUGACAGGAUAAUUUUUGCCAUGGUUUUGAUAAGUUUGGUUCACAUUCCAAGAUUUUGGAUUGGCUCAGAUGAAAUUUGACUAUUGUUUAAGUCUUUCCUUCAACUAUUCUUAUAUUGGAUUAAUUUUGUUGAAAACCCAAAUUUCAUGUAUGCCUCCUUGGCUGUUAUAAAUGUCUGAGUAUUCAUGUGGCAGGAUGUUGACUAGAAGAGUGGAGAAUUCUCUGGCUAAUACAACAAAUUCUCCAGCUAAAUAUUGGUUGCCUUAGCUGUUUUCUUGUUGGACCUUCAGUUAUAAUGCAGUUAUUUUCCAGCUAGCACAUGUUGUACAUUCACAUUGAAAACAUAAGCCAACUGAAAAAAAGUGAGGUAUAAGAAUUUAUAAAUUAGUGAGCAAAACCACUCUUUUCUGAAUGAUCAUGACAAGCUUUAUGCUGCUUAAUCCUUUUAUGCAAAUGAGCUUAUGCAAACUUCAAUCUUGCAUAAUCUCAUUUGCAUAGUAACCAGAUACUUCUGAUUCACACAGGCAGUUUCCAAAGGUGUGAAUGCAGAUAUGUCUUUUUUCCCAAGGCAUCAAUCAACUGUGCUCUUAUUUGUAGAACCAAAUGCACAAAAUUUAACAAAAACAUUUUCACAGGAUUUCCGAUAUCUCCAUUACGUUUUCUAACAGAUUGUUCAUCCCCAAAUGAAAUGUUCUAUAGGGAAACAUGUCAAUAAUCAAUUAUCAAACAGUUUUUUAGAAGGAAAUACUUUAACUGUUUGUUUAAGCUUUGAUAGAUAUUUGUAUUCCUUUGUUAUAGGUACAGCAAAAAUAUUAUUGCGGUAUUACAUUGGGAAAGUAUUUCACUUGUGAACCACUAAAUAGGGCAUCCUCUUUAAAAAUGUUGUUAUUGUUAUCUUUACAUGUUCGCAUAAAGGUGAUUUUACAUGGAAUGACUUUUAAUGCAACAUUGAUCCCUUGAGGGUUGUUAUCAUGUAACAUAGCACAGACCAUAUUCUUAACAAGGAUAUUGCAGGCAAUUGGCCUACAUUAUUGCAACACACUACCGCAACAAAAUGAUGGGUUAAAGUGGUCGUCAAAAAUUGUAUGAUGUAACAUCUCCUCAAGCUUGUGGAAUAUUUUCCAUUGCAAUAUUUCAUUUUGUUGAGAGUUACUACAAAUUUUCAAUUAAUUACUUGUUUAUCCCGUAGUGCAUGUACAAGGAUAGUUCUGAAAGUGAGUGAAUCAAAUUUUUGCAUUUGUCACAUUUUUUCAAGAUCUGUGACUAAAGCUGUGGCCAAACUAUCCACUCAGUCUGCUGGAUAAAAUAAUCUAACAUUAUUGCAUUAUUGAAACAAAUUCAUAUCAAAAUUCAGAUAUUCUAAGCACCCAAGCAUCUCCGUUGUUCACGGUUAGUGAACUGUUGGCAUUUCAAAACUUGCAUUCAGCUUUAAAACUUCUUUUCAGAGUACCCUUGUAAACACCAAGCAAAACAGAUUCACACCUAAAUACGAGUAUUCUAAGUACCUAAACAUCUUGGUUGCUUAUGGGUAGUGAACAUUCAACUUUAAAACUUCUUUUCAGAGUACCCUUGUAAGCACCAGGUGAAACGGAUUCACACUGAAUACGAAUAUUCUAGGCACCCAAGCAUCUCGGUUGUUUACAAGUAGUGAAAUGUACCAUUUCAAAGCUCAAGUCAAGCUAGGAAAUCUCUUGUGAAAAUACUCCUGUAAAUACCAGGUGAAACAAAUUCACACCAAAAUACAGGUGUUCUAAGGACCCAAGCAUCUUGGUUGUUUACGGGUAGUAAAGUUGUGGCAUUUCAGAACUUUUGCUCAACUUAAAGACAUCUUGUCAGAGUACUCCUCACUGAGAAAGACUGAUUACCCAGGAGAGUGGGUACAAAAGAAUGAGAGCAUGUUUAGGAUUAUGCUUUUGAAACUGGGAAAUAGUACAUUACAAUUAGUUAGAAAACACACUAACCGCCAAGAGGCCUUCAUCUUACUGGGAAGGAAUACUUGAACUGUGAUGUCAAGAUUAAUUCCAUAAUUGGUUAAUCUUGCUCAUGUUAGGUUCAACAGUUGGAUAAUACACCAUGUGAUUUUAAGCAUCUGCCAUCGAACUACCAGAGAAGUAAUUCCUUCUCUUGCUUUGAAAGCACAGAAGCCAAGGUAAACCUUGCUUGGCUGAUGAAUUAUUUCCAGCUCAAACAUUAUUGAGCAGUGAGAUUUAUCAUGUAUCAUCAUAAAGCUCUGGACAGAAAUCAUCAGGCAUACAACCUCACCUUAACACUAAAUUGGUCAGGCCAGCAAGUAGAAUUUCUUUCUCACAAAGUAAUAUACAGUUAAGACCUUCCCUUAAAGAGAAAACAGUAACCUCUUUUGCAGAGACUACCGAAUACACUUGUAUCUUCGCACAGAAAUUUAGCAGGAUUAAGUUCCCACACUUGCCUGAUGUGUGGGACUUACUUACUGAAAUGAUAUUUGAUACUUAAAGAGCUCCUAAGUAUAGACACCAGAAAUGUAAUAUCAAAAUAUCUAACCAAUCAUUUCAAGCAUUAAAUGAUACUCCAGACCUGUAUCUCCACAACAUUAUGCAGUCAAAAUCUCUCUCGAAAACAAGGUCCUUGCUGAGUGGCUCACCGGCCUCCAUGCUGACUCAGAGUCAAAGGUUGGAUCAGAGUGAAAUAUUAGUUAGCUGGUACAAUUUAACUUUGGAAUUUUCGUGGUAGAACAGAUAAUUGCUCAAAUUUAACGAUGAGAUCCAACUUGUUAGAUCAAUUUUGUCAUAUAAUAAAAUAACAUUAUAUAAGGAUUUCCAGCCCUGAGAAAAGCUGUAACAACAGCUUGAUAUCACCAAUCAGCUGCUGAAAUGUCACUUGGCUUUCACGCUACUCAGUCAGGUUGACAAAUAAAUGGUAAAGCCUUCAUGAUUUUCCAUACAGGGUAGUUUUCUGAACUUCCUUGGAUUAUGGUGUCUAGAUCAUUACAAAAUUGGUAUUGCUCACAGAUAGUGAUGUUCAAACUCUCCAAGAAGGAGAAGAAAACCAAAAUAGAGGAGGAAAACCAAAAGUUAUAUAUGCAAUGGCUUUGGUAAUGACGUUUCUCACGGCUGAGAACGAAAAUCUACGACUGGAAGAUUAGCCAUAGGCCGAUUUUGGCCCUUUACCUGAAAGACUUCUUCUGUCAGUAAGGAAGAAGUCAAUAAAUGAGGAUUUUGUGAAUUGUAAAUUAUGCCCAUUGUUGUUUUUGUAAUCAUGAUUCAAGGCAUUUUUCCAUCUUGAGCCUUAGCACCAACACACUAUGUGAUUGCCGAUUCUUUUCUUUUCAUUUGUUAGUGAGGUUGGCUUUUCUUGUCACUAAAACUGGCGCUAUUGUGUUUAUAUGAUAAACAAAAUAAUACAUAGUUGCUUGUAGAUAUGGAAUUUCUCUUCUCUUCUCUUCUUGACAUCUCACUCGUUGGCUGCGCUCAGUCAUGAGCUAUUGAGGUGAAUACUUACAGAGAAAUUCCCUAUCCUGGUAUGCCCAUGUGUUAUUCUCCAUAUAUCACAUUCUUGGUAGCUAUAUUUUAUCUUAGUCCAUACAAUAUCUAUGUUAUGGCUUAAUUGAUGAUAUUGAUUGCCUUUGACGGUAGGGGUACCUCUGGGUGGAAUAGGAUGUGGUAGUAUUGGACGAGGAUGGAAGGGUGAAUUUAACAGAUGGCAGCUCACCCCAGGAAUGUACAACUACACCUAUGUAGAGGCAAAUCAGGUAAUGUGUAAUACACCUCUGUUGGUCUAUGUCAUCUUUCUUGUUAUUAUUCUGCCUCUGUUUGCAAUCGCUAUCAGCAAUAACUUAACUGAAAAGGACAAGGAUAUUUGAUACCUUAAAGACUAAGGACACAAAUCUAUUGAUUAGAGAUCUCCAAGUUAUAGAGAGAGAAAUUGAAAGUAUGACUAAAAGUUCAGAUUCAACACUUAUUGAAUUGUUUUAAAUAACUUUUUGUCAAAUCAUUUUUACCUUGAACAUAAUUUGUGUCAGCAUGCAACAUCUUUCUUUACACAAUUACUUUAUGAUGUACAGAAAAACUUAUUUUGCCUAUUAUUAUUACUUUACUCAACUGACUUAAACCUGACUGGUUUGGUUGCUUUAAAUUGAUCAAAACUAUAAAAAAAUUCUUGAACAUGAUUGGUUAUCACCUGCUCAAUUCAAGCAUUAAAUGGACAGUAAUAUAUAGAUUUAGCUAAGCCUAAAAGCGGAGCUCACCUUUUUUUUUUCCCGCACGUCUCAAGGGCACAACACCUUGCCCCGGUCAGGACUAGAACCCAGGUCAUCCAACUCGGAGCCCAGUGCACUGACCACUGGACUACUGAACAAAGCUGUGGCGUUGUUGUGCCCGCAGCACAGUUGACCACGCAUGUUAAAAGUAGCACCUUGUACGGUUGUACAGUGGUACGGUCAUACAUCCAAAUUUUUUUGGCUUGACGGGUUACUACUAUUUUGUAUAAUUAUGGGGAUACAUUCUGCAAGCUCCGCUAUAAUUGUAGAGUGUGCGUGUUGUACCUGACAAUGUGUAAUUAGACAGUAUGUAUAGUGUGUGCUUGCCAUUGUCAGACAUUUUGCCAAGUAAAUCAUUGUUUUUGAUGAAAACAUAAAAGUUUCAAUGCUCCAAGUUGCAACCAUUUUGGUCACCGUGGUGAAAAAUAUUUGGCAACUAAAAUUUCAACAAAAGUUGCACGUUGGUACCCAACAGAUUUUAAAAAAGGAAAAGAAAAUUUUGAAAAAUGAAGUGAUUCAAGAUGUUAUUUAUAAUAUGAAAGGUUUUGAUACCAAUAUUUCAGUUCACUUCAAAUGAGAGAUGAUUCUCAGUGGAGCAACAGAAUGAAAUUGUGUUAAACAUCUUAAUUUGUUACUCAGUCUCAGCAACUUUGUAGUAAAUUGUUUUGCUUCCAGUCAUCGAAGUUUCUUCAUUCUUUCUCUCUGUUGACUGUUCUUACAAUCUUUUAAUCACUUACAAUCUGGCCACUGAAAACGAGUACUGUGAUGGGAUUGUGAAAUCACUAACUGUGCCAUGUAGUGCAACAUGAAGUGUCCUCUCAUCUACAUAAGGUUUUUUGUUUUUUUUUUUAAGGGAGGAGGGGUGGUGACCAAAAUUUAUAUGGCCGCUAUUUUACACAUUAAGGUUGUCAAAAAGGUGACCUUUCAAGAAAUUGAGCUUGGAGCCCUGAAUUUAACUGAUGGCCAGUUUGUUGCACAGAUUUUGUGAUUAAUUGGUAACAGGGCUUUGUUUUGUCCAAUUCAGUCUGUAAUCAUCUGGUAAUUAACAAAUUGGAUUCAUGCUUCUUGGUCAUCCCACUUUGUAAAUCACUUACAAGUAUGAUUACAGACCAAAUUAGACUCCACUCAGUCCCAUUAUCAUUCCAUCUUUUGUUUAGACAAGUGUGUUAAUAAUUUGUUCCUGUACCAACAGUUCAUUGUUUGUGUGAGAAAGAAAGGAAGAACCACUUAUCAGGUUAGUGUUUAUAGACUGGGUUCAGGAUCAUUUGAAUGUGUAAUUUUUAAAUUUCAAUUCAAUAGUACUCAUGAAUUUGAUUCUACAGUAUAUGUAUAUAUAAAUACAAAGUAGGCUAGACUUGUAAUUUUUACAGUGAUCUUUACUUUAAUCCCUUAUUAAAGAACAAAUGGUUUGGAGGGGUAACCUUUAGCUGCACUAUAGUGAAUAACUACUCACCAGAGUGGAAGUGGCUAGUGGUGGAUAUUUAGCUGCUUUCACCACCACCAUCUGCCGUAAACUGAGCAGCUGGUUAUCAAACUAGCUGCUCUACCACUAACCACACACUGAGGUGAAAAGAUGUUUUAGUAUGUAUUAAAAAAGUGAGAUAACAUAGCACUAAAAAAUGAUUUUAUCUCAUUUACUGCCAUAAUGAUUACAACAUUUUGGAGCACAAAUUUCAAAAGAGUUGCUUGGAGCUGAAUAGCAAAGGAUACUUGGAGUCUAAGUAGCCAAUCAGAGUGGGCCUUCAACACUAUCCACUAUUUUAGUAUAUUCAUGUUCUUCACGGGUAUAUCCUUUGGAGAUGGAUCUGGUAGAUUAGUAUUAUUUUAAGGUGGUGGACCUGUCUUGUCCUUAUUUGACUUCUCCUGGGUAAUCUCUACAUCAGGAGAGACUGAAAACUAAUCAGGAGUUACUGAUUAAAAAAUAGAGUGAAUGCUUUGUACCUGAGAAAGAAUCACUAUUAUCUAUAGGCUGUGUUAUCCCCAAACCGUCCAAAUGGUGUGCUGUGUGGACGUAGUUUACAGGGUUGGAACUGGGGAUUUAAUGGUGCCCAUGCUACAUACCAUGCUCUCUAUCCACGUGCAUGGACAAUUUAUUACCUGCCAGGACAAAACAUCAAGCUUGUUUGUCGCCAAGUUUCACCUGUGUUCCCUCAUGAUUAUCGCGUAAGUAUUGCAUGCAGCAGUUAAAAAAUUAACUAGGCUGUAACGAUAACUGUUAUUUUGUUGAAGAAUAAAAAUAUGCAUAACAAUUUCUUCCAAGUAAUAUAAUAUUUUGAUUUAACAAUUGAUAGUCCUAGAUAACUCAGCAGAUUAGUUACUCAAGUUGCAAAUAGAUGCAUUUUGAACAGUUUCAAUUCAAUUCAAUUUACCUCAAGGAAAUAGCAAUUACCCUGUUUGCUUUUGCAUCACAGGACACCAGUUUACCAGUUGCUGUCUUUAUCUGGGAGGUGGAAAAUAACAAUGAUGAAGAAGUGGAAGUUUCAAUCAUGUUUACUUUCCAGAACAGUGAUGGAAAUGUAAAUGAAGGACUUAGUGGUCAUUAUAAUGAACCAUUUACCUGUAAAAUUGGAAGCCACUGCUCUAUGGAGGAUCCUUCUGCAGAUAAGAGAAAUUCAGUUUUAACCAACACCUCUUGUGAAGUAACAGGAGUUCUUCUUCAUCAUAACCACCCAACCCAACCAUAUACAUUUGGAAUUGCCGCAAAGGCACAAAAUCAGGUACAAGAAUACAUCAAUGCUUUGUAAAAACUUGACACCAAGAAUAUGAAUCUUUAUUUACAUCACUGACAAUGAAUACAAAGGGAUUCACUAAAAGCACAUUAAGUUUAUCAUUUUACAAUGAUCCUUCAUCUAAAGUAGAUCUUUAGUAAUGUAUGUUGUUUUUCACUAGUGCAACUUCAAACAGUAAAAUGAAUUUGCAGGAGCAAACAUGACAAUAAAGUAUUUGUUUCAGCCAUUUUCCGAUGAAUAAGAUUUUUGCCUCACAAAAUAUUUAAAGGAAAAGUUUUUGAAACACAUCUUUCUUUAAUAAAUUUAUAUAUUAAUUCCUAUAAUUGGUCACCACUUGAAAUUAUGGAAUCAACCCCAAGAAUGAUAGAUGUUUUGUUUCUAAAACAAUGGUUUACAUGAAGAACAUCAUCAAGGUUAAAAGUUAUUAACCUGCUGGAGACAAACAUUUAAACUCUGGAUGCCCGCUGUCAAUUUUCAGUGGAAAUAUUAGACCCCAAAUCUUAAUCAAAGUGAUGUUGUUUGUAUAAAAUUCAAAAAUCUCAAUCUCUAUUAAUUAUUGUAAAUAGCAUUAUGUUUUGCAUGAUUAACUUCAUCAGUGCCUUAGGAACCUACAGUGAUGAAAUGUUAUCCCUUUUUAUAAAACUGGUGACUUAUUUGUCUGACUUAUAUCUCCACUUUGCUUUUGUUUAAUGUUUUGGUUUCAUGCAUAGAUUGCAUUUUUAUUGAUUUAUUUCUAUAUGUAGGCCGGGAAAAACAGUGUCACUGUAACAACAAAAACUGCAUUUGAUGCACAAACUCCCUGUAGAGUGGUAUGGGAAGAUCUUCUAGAUGAUGGAAAACUCAACUCUACAGCAGGUAGAAUGGGAAGUUGUUGGAAAAUCCUAGUUUUAAUGUCAGAAAUACCAAUAAAUUGAUGUGUUCUGCUCUGCUACAAUUUUGAUAAAACUUUAUAAUUAUGUACAGUUUACUGAUGUGUAAGGUAUUUGAGGUGGGAAGAACUAAUGACUUUCUAAUGUAAUGAGGACUGAGUGAAUAAGAUUUUCUUUUCACCAGACUUAAUGUAAACUGUUUGUUUCUUGUCAUUGUAUCUUUUUCCAUAGUAAUUUUGAAUUGUAGUCAACUCGAUGUUCACCAUGUUAUGAUUUUGAUUUGUCUUCCAGGACGAAGUGAGAAAUCUAAAGAGGAGCAUAAUCUGUGUGCAGCAGUAGCAGCUACAACAAAAAUAGCAGCCCAUGGUAAAGCUAAAUUGGAGUUUUCACUCUCAUGGGAUAAUCCUGUGGUCCAUUUUGGAUCCUCUAAAAAGAAACACUACAGGUGUGUAAUCAUAAAUUGAAGAAAUUUGGGGGAAAUUAAAACACAAGUUAUCUUGUAUUUGUUACCAGGACAGGUCUAACAAUAACCAGAUCAAAUGUGACUGAGAUGGUAAGAUAUCAGACACUUUACAUUUAUGACAUCUGAAUGUGUCGACAGAUACUUGAUUUUGUAUUUGAGGUAGUAGAAAGUCACAACAUUACCUUUUCUGCCAAGAAAGACACAGAAUUUUAUCCAACAAUAUUAAUAUCACAAAGCUUGCUUGUCAGAAUAUAACUACCUUGCUUUUGAUUUGUUUUUUCAAUGUUUGAGGCAGAAAGAUAUUUCAUAUCUUCAGCGCCAACACAGUCCAUUUCUCUAUGAAAAGAAAGAAAAAAUCUUAAGCCUUCUUAAAAAUUGUAGAUCUUAAUGUUUAGAUACUUAAAAAUGAACAGAGGGAUGAGGGUACACCUAUUUGAUAGGAGUGAAGACUAGAUUUACAGGUUGCAUGUUGUUUUUAAACUGAGUCACAUCAAUUUUUUAAGGUUUUACACUCGCUUCUUUGGUCGUCUUGGUGAUGCAGGUAAAGCACUUUGUUGUCAUGCUCUACUGCGUUAUCCUGAGUGGGAAUCCAAGAUUGAUGCUUGGCAAAAGCCAAUUUUAGAAAAUGAGUAAGUAUGUUGUCUUAUGCUUACAGAGCAAUCAGUGCCCUGAUGUUACAUGUAGCUGACAUUGGAAGAAGGAGAUGAAAACAAGCUGAAAUUGAAUAAAUCAGUUGCAUUUUGUUAUUGUGUAAUUACCAUUUAGUUCCAAGAUUUGGUUAGUGAAAAACACACUGAUGACUUAUUUCGCUUUUACUGAAAUUUGGUAAGACUAAUUUCUUUGGCACUCAAAAUUACUAUGUAGUUACCUUCCAUUUUAGUUUUUUCCAGAAGGUUAUCAAGACUUCUUUACAUCACAUAUAUGUCUCUGAAUACUUUGUCUGGUUCACUAGGUAGAACUUUAUUUUACCAGCCAUUCAAUUGAAAAUGGUUUCAUUUGCUGAAGUUUUAUUUUUCACCAGGAUUUGUCUUAUAGUGGGAGUAGUAUUGGUUUUAUAUUUGUUUGUUUGAUUUGAUCUUUGUUGUAGUUCACUGCCAUCAUGGUACAAGUCAGCUCUGUUUAAUGAGCUGUACUUUGUUGCUGAUGGGGGAACAGUAUGGAUGGAUGUAGAUGAUGCCACAUGUAGUGACAACACCACCAUUCCUGAGUUUGUGAAGGAGCAUGGCAGAUUUGCCUAUUUGGAAGGUAUUGUUUGACAACACUUUCACAAAAACAAACUGGAAAUGAUUGUUAUUUGCAUCAGUGUUACAUGAUAUCCAGUCACACUCUGUAAUGAUAAUAUUUAAUAACAAUUAGUCUGAGAUCGAUAUCUUAUUCCUGGCAGGUCAUGAAUACAGAAUGUAUAACACAUAUGAUGUCCACUUCUAUGCAUCAUUUGCUCUUGCCAUGCUGUGGCCAAAGUUACAACUGAGUCUUCAGUAUGACAUAGGUAUGGUAUCAUCUGAUGCUGAUCAAUUUGAAGCAUCAACAUCCCCCCUCCCCCCCCUUCCUGGUUAACAACCCACAGGCAUUUGACCAUCAUCUGUGCCUCAAGUGAAUGGCUCAGAAGAAAAGGUCGGAAAGGUCUUGAUUUUUAAAGCUUGGUUAAAGAGUAGAAAGUCACAGUUGCUGAUUUUGCCUCAUACAAAAAAUUGACCUUGAAGUCCAGUACUUAAUUGGGGCAUUUGAACACAAUUUUGGUCCCAGGAGGUGUAAUGUAAAAAAAAAAAAAACAAUCUUCAAAAGUUCAAAUGCAGGGGAAGGGGGAGGAGGUGCCCAUCCAAGGCUCGCAUUUGAUUGGCUAUCUGUGAGUUUCUUUGAUUAUUGACCAAUCAGAAUGUCUGAUUUGUUACUUUCUUUGCACUGAAUUAACCCUCUUCUGCACUGAAUUAACUCUCUUCUGUACUGAAUUACCUGAAAACUGCAUUUAUCUUAACCAAUCAGAACUGAGUAACUUUUCCAUGUUUAUUAUUAGACUUAAAAUUGUUUGAUUAUGUUUGAAUUUCUUCUUGUAGCUCAGACUGUGAAUCAGACAGAUGAUCAGUGUAUGCUAACUAUGAUGAAUGGUCGAAGCUGUCAGAGGAAGGUAGCAGGGUGCAUACCACAUGAUGUUGGAGAUCCAGGUCAGUGUGUUGUGCCAGCUAUCACCAAGUCACUGUAAAACUCUCUGCUUAUGGGUGCCCUUUGAAGCAAGAUACAUGUCCCUUUAUAGGCAUGAAAUGCAAAAGUUUAGUCUGUCAAUGAAACAGCCAUACCCAACAAUGAGAAAUGCUUCGUGCUCUGAGCAGUAGUGGAGUCGAAUCUGUUAUCUUUUGAAGAGGUCAUGAGAUGCUCUACCACCAAGCUACAGGAGACUUGUGGUAGCUGGGCCAUCAAGCUAAAUUUUCACCUCACCCAGCCUGUAUCAAAAGAGGUGGGAAGAUGGUCUUAAUUCAAGGGGAAAGCAUUUAAGGGUGGUUUGGUUGGCGUUGACCAUGUUAAAGAAAAAAGGCUCUCUAGACAAAAAUAAUUGAGCAAUUACCCCCAGCAUACUCAGGCCAAAUAGUUAAAUUGUUAUAACGGGGGUUAACAUACAUUUAGAUCGUGCAUUACCAAUGCACACAUCAUAUUUAAGCUUCCAGUCCAGAGAGACUUCCUGUUAAAUAGGCUAAAAAGAGAAAUUGUAGACUCCAAGCAGUCCUCCAAAUUUACUUUUUUCACAAACCUUUUUUAGCUCACGUAAUAGACUUGCCGGAAAGUAGGACUGCCCGUAGUCUAGAGAAAUUAUUAUCCCUGUGCAAGACUCAAGACCCCAAAAAAUAUGCCCUGUACGGCAGUACUUAUCUGUUUAGGCCAAAUAAAGAAGUGCUUCAUGGGAUCUUAUGUAUAGUUGAUGAUUACCUUGUAGCUGAAGAGCCGUGGGAGAAAGUGAAUGCCUAUACCAUCCAUGACACCGCUCACUGGAAAGAUCUAAACCUCAAGUUUGUUCUACAGGUAUGGUUUGGUUUUAAAACUACUGGUUAGCCAAUAUAGUCGAUUAGGUCAAAAUUACGUUUAUUUGAUUUCACGUUCUUCACAUUCACGGACAAGUAAAUUCAUUCGCCGCAGGUGUAUCGAGACUACAAGGCAACAAAGGACAUUCAAUACCUUAAAGACAUGUGGCCUGUUGUAAAGGUACUUCCAGUUAGCAAAUUAACAACUUUUAUUAUGAAUGCUGCUCAAGGCAAGUAGUAUUUUCUAAAUCCUACUUCGCCUUUACCUGCUGAAAAGUCACCUUGACACGUAAAAGUUUAUUGCAGACAAGACGAAAGAUAGGCCAAGCCAUUGAAGGCCAUCUCCCAGAACUUCAUCGUUCUUCGUUCACCCGCUUUUUUAAUUUUUUUCCUUUGACUGACUGAAGGCCAGACACAGGCCAUUUUAUAACUGGCAACAAAACUCUUGCCAUUUAUUCAAAUAAACACAAAGUGGAAGUGCUGCUGGCGUCCUGGUGAUGCCUUUUUAAGUUCCUUCAGUCACGUUCUCAUUUGUUCGCUGCCUUUUGAUUGUUCAUGUGAACACUUAGCGUUGAUGUCAACAUUGAUUAUUGGAAACCUUUAUUGUUAAUCAACUGGCCUUUACACCCGUUCCUUAAUUAAAGAUAAGGUGAUUGAGUAAGUUUACCAUUGUUUCUUUGUUGGUUUUUUUAGAUAGUUAUGAACAAAACCAGUUUGCACGAUACAGAUGGUGAUGGCUUGAUAGAAAACUCUGGCUUUGCAGAUCAGACUUACGAUGCUUGGCCAGUGACAGGUCCUAGGUAUGCAUUUGUCGCCUUAUUUUCCCCCACUGUCACAAGUGAUCUUCCUUUUGUACGAAAGGCAAAGCUAAGGUCUGCACACAGUGGCCCACAAUGCAACUGAGUUUAUGCAGGUUUCCUGGACAUUUUUGUUCGUGAUAGUUCAUAGCCUGUGGUGGAGAAAAGCACUAUGAGAAUAACAUGUUUGUGGCAAAAGAAGACAGUACAAUGACCUCACCAGGGCUGGAACGUGCACGUCUGAGCUCUAAGUCCAGCCUGCUUUUACCGCGUCUCCCACUUUGUCCUAUUCAAUAGUUGAGUGUCAACCCAUGACACCUGAAGUUGAACCACUAAAUUUCGUUAUAUACAAAGAUAUAUUUCUCUUCACAGUAGUAGGUAUGUUUAUGGAGUCUAGAGUGUACAUGGUGUGAACUCGUUUCCUCUUCACUGAAAGUGAAGAGAAAAUUAAAACAAGCGCGCGUAAAAGUACAAUAAUAAAGUUUGUUGCAUCCAAUGUUGCAAGCAAGAUUUUCUUAAAAAGCUCUCUUUGGUUUAUUCAUAGUGCCUAUUGUGGGGGACUGUGGCUGGCAUCUCUGCGCGUCAUGCAGGAGAUAGGCCAUGUGUUGGGAGUACCAGAAGAAGCAGUCAAAUACGUCAACACCCUUAAAAGAGGAAAGAAGGCGUAUAACAAGCUGCUGUGGAACGGUAAUUUAGAUGUGUUUUUCACACAUUGUCGAUCAUGUAAUGGCAAAUAAUUUCACUUAAGGCAACGAAACACUGCCGUUUGGGUUAAUGCUAAAUAAACUGUUACUUCAUACAUUGUACAUCGAUCAAUUAAGCAAUCAGUGAAUCAAUUAUUUAUCAUGAAAUAAUACGUCUGAGAGCUGUCAUCUUAUUUGAAAUACUAAGGAGUAUAGAUAGAUCACAUGAUAUAAACCAUUGUCCAAAAUAACAGAUGCAACAGAUGCUUAGUCAUUCGAAUGAAAUUACGGGAAACAUUUGAUGUGGUUAAAUCAUUUUGUAGGGAUAUACUACAACUACGACAGUAGCACCAGUAAAUACCACAACAGUAUCAUGGCGGAUCAGAUGGCUGGUCAAUGGUAUCUGAAGGCAUGUGACCUGGGACAAUCACCCAGCGACAGGGUAAUGAAAAUUAGCUGGUUUUCAUUUAUUUGCUUUGUAUUUCGAAAAGUUUAGGAUCUUUGAGUCAGCAUUACAUUGUUAUAAGUGGCGGAUAAGAAGGAUAAUACUGUACAUGAAAACAUUACGCACUUCUGAUUGGCUGAAAACGAGUGCAUUCUCACGUAACACGAGUGCCGAUUGUCUUGACUUUCUCUGACGGUUUUUCGUGUGCAUUAUUAAGAAGUAAUAAACUGAUUUCUCUGGCAAUUUGGUGAAAUAAGCACCCAUAAAUUUUUCAAAGACUUCAAAUUGCACUUGCCUUACGGGCUUGUGCAAUUUUUGUUUACGAAAAAUUUACUCGUGCUUCUUAACACCAAAGUGCACUCGAAUCAUGUCAUAACCUAUACCUGUCACUGCCUCGCGUCAAAUGUUAAACCACUGACUCUGCGUUUGAACUGGGCUUUGAGCCCAAAGUAAAACAAGGGAUGCAACUAUUAUAAAGGUGGUACCUGAAACAGAGGCAAUAGGAACCAAUGUGAUUUCUCAUCUGUUUAGCUUUAUGUACUCUCUUACUCUAUAUUCUCUCUAUAAUCUUCUCUCUGACUCAAUAGUUACUUUGUUGAUAAGAACCUGGUAGAAAAUUGAAAUAUCUAAUGUGACCAAGACGGCAAAGUAUAUUCUAUUAAUGGUACCCUGUGGUUACAGUUGACUUAAACAUUUGAGGAGGCACUAAACACUGUUAGCCAGUGAAUGACAACAUGGAACUUCUGUAACAGGAGACAAGAGAGAAAGAAAUAGUAAUUUGUGAUGAUAUGACGAGAACGCACGACCGUGGCCAGGGGCGGGGUAACCUAUCACGGAGGAAAAUUUUAAAAGCAACUAAAUAUCCUACAUGGUCAGGAAUGCUUGAUCAUUUAUUUAUGAGGUUGAAAGUAGAUAGCUAGAAAUAUUUUAGAAUGUUAGUUCUCUGUUAUCUAAUUCUCACCAUUGUUCAUAGGUUUUUCCACAAGCAAAUGUACUCAGUGCUCUGACAACCGUAUACAAGAACAAUGUGCUUAAAUUCCAAGAUGGAAGGAUGGGUGCUGUGAAUGGCAUGAGACCUAAUGGCCAGGUUUGUCAAUUUCGACAUAGGUCAGAAGGGAUUCUCUAUUUAGGUGUAGAAAAACUUGUUUUACUUCUGUACAACAAACAGUAGGCUUUGAAUUUACCAUCUUCAUUGACAUUAUGAGCAUCACAUGUCGACAUUCCUAUCGAUCCUCGCCCCGUGCAGGAAGUAUUUCACCAUGAACCUAGUUAUACAGCUUAGCCUGGCACGAGUCUCCCAUAGCUCAAAGGUAGAGCAUCCCAAGUACUAAUCGGAAGGUCGACGGUUCGACACCUAUUAGGAAUACUCAGAUUUCUUUUUCUCCAAGUAUGCCUGUGUUAUUCACUAGAUAACAUAUCAUUUUUCAAAACAGUGGUGUCUACAAGUCUGACUUUACAUGUCGAUUGCGACGAAUAUGAUCGCCUCCAAAAACAAUUUUGAAACUACACGUGAUGAAAUUGUGUUGUGACACUGAUGUCCUUGUCUGUGGCGUAUAAAAUAGUCUUGUUGCAUUCUAUUUUAAAAAGACGGAAAUUAAGUCGUGCUUUGGAGAACACUCUGUGACUUAUGUCUCCAGUGCGUUAAGGCUGGUUGAGGCUGGACAUGGCUGUGUGGAAAGUGACGCUGAAGAUAACUGAAAAUGUAGAAAGCUGUCACUCUUGAAGAUGAUUUGACUAAUCCAUUGUAAAUUCAUAGGUAGAUACAAGCAGUUUACAGGCAGAGGAGGUCUGGACCGGGAUCACUUACGCUGUUGCAGCUGCUAUGAUUCAGGAGGUGCUGUGUAUAGUAUCACUUUUCUGAAAUAUCAUGCGUCAAUUUACGUAAGGAAAGUUUAUCAGAAAAGAAGCUCAAAAUCUCUCUUUCUCUAGGGUCUGGUGGACGAGGGCUUCAAAACAGCUAGUGGUAUAUACAACACUUGUUUUGAGAGACUUGGAAUGGGUUUCCAGACUCCAGAGGCUAUUAUUGCUAAUGGCAACUUUCGCUCGUUGGCGUACAUGAGACCGCUGAGUAUUUGGGCCAUGCAGUGGGCUCUUAAAAAAAGGGACAUGCCUGCCGCUCAAGAGAAUACCGCUGGCCCUAGCAAUGAUUUCACUCAAUGUAACGGUUUUCUUAACGCCUCCAGUGAAAAUUGACGCAACGGAUCCUGUCCCAGACAUACGGAAGCAGUGCAAGUGAAGUAAUUGCAUAGAAACUCACCAUUCGUUAUUUAUGUUGGAAGGUUUAAUCGACAUCUGACUAUGGUAUAUCUCGAAUUCAUACGCACACAGCCACCCCUUAGAAUUAAUCCCGACCUUGUUCUCAGGUUGUUUUCUCUUCUUUCCUAAAGAGAGGAGAGCAAACGAUCUUGGAA